AUGUCUAUUGACACUCUUCAAAUAAUGAAAAGAGACAAGCAACUAAAGAAAGUACCAAAAACUCAAAGCAGAGAAGAGUCAUUAAUUGAAAGUCCAGUGGACGAAACUUCUAUAUACAUAAAUAGAAAAAGGAGAAGAAUUAAUGAAUUAUACAUAAUUCAUUAG